AUGGAUUCUGAGGUGUUAGGUUUGGAUACUGAGGUGUUGGGUAUGCAUACUGAGGUGUUAGGUAUGGAUACUGAGGUGUUAGGUAUGGAUACUGAGGUGUUAGGUAUGGAUACUGAGGUGUUAGGUAUGGAUACUGAGGUGUUGGGUAUGGAUACUGAGGUGUUAGGUAUGGAUACUGAGGUGUUAGGUAUGGAUACUGAGGUGUUUGGUAUGGAUACUGAGGUGUUAGGUAAGGAUACUGAGGUGUCAGGUAUGGAUACUGAGGUGUUAGGUAUGGAUACUGAGGUGUUGGGUAUGGAUACUGAGGUGUUAGGUAUGGAUACUGAGGUGUUAGGUAUGGAUACUGAGGUGUUAGGUAUGGAUACUGAGGUGUUGGGUAUGGAUACUGAGGUGUUAGGUAUGGAUACUGAGGUGUUAGGUAUGGAUACUGAGGUGUUAGGUAUGGAUACUGAGGUGUUAGGUAUGGAUACUGAGGUGUUAGGUAUGGAUACUGAGGUGUUGGGUAUGGAUACUGAGGUGUUUGGUAUGGAUACUGAGGUGUUUGGUAUGGAUACUGAGGUGUUAGGUAUGGAUACUGAGGUGUUUGGUAUGGAUACUGAGGUGUUAGGUAAGGAUACUGAGGUGUCAGGUAUGGAUACUGAGGUGUUAGGUAUGGAUACUGAGGUGUUGGGUAUGAAUACUGAGGUGUGUACUGAGGUGUUAGGUAUGGAUACUGAGGUGUUGGGUAUGGAUACUGAGGUGUUAGGUACGGAUACUGAACUGUUAGGUAUGGAUACUGAGGUGUCAGGUAUGGAUACUGAGGUGUUGGGUAUGGAUACUGAGGUGUUAGGUACGGAUACUGAGGUGUUAAGUACGGAUACCGAGGUGUUAGGUAUGGAUACUGAGGUGUUUGGUACGGAUACUGAGGUGUCAGGUACGGAUACUGAGGUGUUAGGUAUGGAUACUGAGGUGUUAGGUAUGGAUACUGAGGUGUCAGGUAUGGAUACUGAGGUGUCAGGUACGGAUACCGAGGUGUUAGGUAUGGAUACUGAGGUGUUAGGUAUGGAUACUGAGGUGUUUGGUACGGAUACUGAGGUGUCAGGUACGGAUACUGAGGUGUUAGGUAUGGAUACAGAGGUGUUUGGUAUGGAUACUGAGGUGUUGGGUAUGGAUACUGAGGUGUUUGGUAUGGAUACUGAGGUGUUUGGUAUAGAUAGUGAGGUGUUUGGUAUGGAUACUUAG